UAAGCCGAAUGAAAUGCUAGGAGGCUGCAGAUAUUGGUAGCUGGUGCAGUCCUAUCACCUCUCAAUUCCUUUUGUCAUUGCCACUUCACCUGCUUUGAGGACCACUUAUGCUUCUUCAAGGGCACUUAACUUACAAAGCAAAAAAGAGAUACUAAAAAAAACGUCCUUCAGAAUGGGGUUGGUCUGGAUUGUAUCAGACCAGGCUAAGAAAUUCUCCAUAAAUGGAGAAUAAUGUUUUGUUUUUUUGAUUGGGAUGUAACUCGCAAUGCUUUGUGUUCAUUUAUUUUUUUUUACCUCCUAGCAUAAUUUUUCUCCUCUUUAGUUUUCUCGUACUGCAUGAUGUAUACCAGUGUAGGCAGAUGAGGCUUACUUGGGCUUCCUGUAUGAAGCCUGCCCCAUUUUCUUUUUGAGUAAUGUAAUAGGACAUUGAGAAAUUCUGGGAGAAGAGCAUUGUUUGCUCAGUACUUUCCUGAUGAGUUCACAGGCACCCUCAAUUGGCUCCUGUCAUUAGAAAUUGAACACCAGGAAAAGUACCUAGCUUUUAGUUGUGGGCUCUGAUACUGACCCUGCAUUUUAAUGGCAGGUGUAAACAGGGUCCAUUUUCAGAGCCCUUUUGCUGUGUAUGUGUUCAUGGCAAGCCUCAUAAAAAUGUAAUUUAGACCAGAUAUAACAUACAAUGGUGCAGUCUAGCAAGUUGGAAAUCACCUUUGCAAAAUAAAGGCUGCAUAUGCAGCUGGGAACAAGCUGAGUGUAACAUUGCCAAAUCAGUCCAGUGCCUCAUGAAGGCGGAGCUCAGAGCAGGGGGUGAUGGUGCGCUUAUCAACUUUGUCUGAAGGACCACAAACCUGUCGUUAGCCCAUGGAUGUAAUGCCAAAUAUUCUCCAGUUAAGCAUGUAGAUGUAUUUUCUGCACAUGCAACACAUGUGGUAAAAAAAUGUACAAAUUGCUGGUGUGCAUUUUAGAACAUCCUCAGAACACCCCAUCAGGUUUCGGAUGCUUCAGGUUCAGGAAGGAACUGUCAUGGCUCAGUUCUAGCGACACCAGACAUUAGGCAUAAUGGUCUUAGACAAAAGGCAUCAGUCUAAGCAGCUUCAGACAAAAUUAAAGGAGGAAAUAUACUACAAGCACAACUUUUACUGAAGUGAAAAACAAAGUGUAUCACUUUGUUUUUCUUCAACAAGUUACUUGUUAGGUGUUGUCGCAGAAGAGAAAGUGUGUAAACGCAUAGUAAAAAUUUAACGGCACAGUCUCCUUUAAAGGAACAACCAUGAUUUUCACUUUCACAGAAAAGGGCUAGUGAAGAAAAUGCUAGCAUCUGUAAAUGUAAAGGUGCUUUAUCAACAUGUUGCUUACUCUGUGGUAUUUGUUUAUAUUUAUGGCCAGUUGCGCUACUGGCAUAGAAUCGGGCACACUCUUAGUAGUUCCACAUAUGGAUGGAAAAUUCCUGUCUGGCAGCGCUACUUCAGUGCAUCACGUCUAGACAGUUUUGAUUUGUAGAAGGAGAUCACAUGCUUUUAUUAAAGGAGAAAAUCACUUCCAAUUGGGUGGUACAUAAAGUCCAGAUAAUAGGCCUGUUACUUGGAAAUAAAGGCUAGUCAUGCUAUGAUGCAAUAGUGACCACAUAGAGAGUAUGAGGUCAUAGAUCUGGCUGUCUGUUCUGGUACAGAAUAUGUGACUUACUUUUUCCUGAUCCUCAGUACCUGAGGAUCUAACAUGAAUGUAAACUGGAGUGUUGUAUUUGUGUGUAGCAUUUGGCCUAGUUUUCAGGCUCAGCUGUUGAAGCAAAUCACAAGCGGAUGAAUAAUUACAUCUAGACAAUUUUCAUAGUGUCAGUCUUCUGGUUUCAAUCCUGUUUAUCUUAUGUGCAGAAGGAAAGCUUAGAGUCGGGGUUUGGAUGUAGAGCUGGUGGUGCGGCUCUUUCUUAAGACUUAAACCCAGACAUGGGAUGAGACAUUUCAAUGUGAAAUAUUUAAUCUGAGUAACAGUACUGCAUGAAAGAUUAGCCCUUGCAUCUGUAUCAUGUAUGCUUUUUUUUGAGGCUUUGUCUUGCUCAGCACCCAGCAGCGGCAGCCUAAUUUUCUCUGUUGUAAAUGUUACAGAGAGGAGUGUCCUAUUAUUUCACGCAGGAUCACUGAAAGUUAUCAUAAGUGUGCAUUGUAAAUGAUAGGUUUUGCUCAGUUUUGUUAUAGGUAUGCAUUUUAUAGAUUUGAAACCAUAGACUUGGGUUUUGUUGAUUCAUCAGAUUAGCUUAUUGAUCCCCUUAUGUUUUUGUAUCAUGUCCUGAAGGCUCGCUGCUUCCCCCCUCCCUCUCGCAAGCCUGCACCACCCUACCUCCUCAGCCUAGAUAUUUCUGUGGUAGGGCCUGCCAGAGUAUGCCUCUUACUGGAAGUGCACUUAGUGCCUGGCAGUAAAGCUCAUCGCUCUCUCUCUCUUUCUCUUUCUGUCUCUCUCUCUUUAUGGGUUUCUCUUUUUUUGGUCAGGAUUGACUGUAUGUCUUUGAUCCAUGAGCAGUAUUUUUUAGUGCACAUAUGCCUUACUGCAUGGCAUACAAGGCUGCAGAUUUGUUGUGUUUCAUCUAACGGUUUAAUCCUUAAUGAAUUAGUCUGUAUUUUUUACAUAACAUUGUUUCUUUGCAUCUUAAAUGACUGUGCCUGGUCAAUUUAGUAUAUAAAGCAUUUACAAUAGAAUAUCUUCCCUUCCAUCUGUGAAAUAUAACAAAUUUGAAACAAUAUGCAGGUGCUUUUUUGAAAAGAUACAUGCAUGUGUGUUUGCAUGAUAAGCCUGUCAGAGAAAUAUUUUGAGGUCUGCACAUUUGUUAAGUUAUUGUGAUGUAUGCUGCUCUCCAAGGCUGCUGAGCUGCUUGUCUGAAGACAAAGAAAAUGCACACUGCUGAUGAGGCGUAGCCGCUCCUGUCUUUCUGCGUGUGUGCAUGCACAUGUGUGUUCUGGUAAAUUCGACUUUGACUUACAAUUUUUUGGUAUAAGGAAAGAGCUGUGGAUUAGUAUUUCUAGUAUAUGUGGCUAUAAGGUUUGAUGUAGUCAGUGCUAUAGACAAAUAAGAAAGGGUGUAUUGAGAGAAGGCAAACCUAAGGGUGGUUGAGAAGGACAGAAUACGCAUGUAGCAGCACUGGAAUGAUGCUGUAGCUGUAAGCAUGUAGUGAAUGUAUGGAGAGACAUCUCAGUAUAGCAGCAAGAUGGCGGAAUCAUCCAAUGCAUCUCUUCUUUCUGUUUUACUCUCUUUUUCCCAUCUCUCCUGCCUUCUGCCCCCCCCCCUUUAUCUCUCUCUCUCUCUCUCUCUCUCUCUUCUCUCUCUCUCUUCUCUCUCUUGCUCUCCCUGAGAGCAGCCCCUGUUGUCUGGUUACACACAGUGAUAAAUGCAGCCACUCCAGCAGGGUGAAAUAGCUGUACAUGUGCUUGUGUAUGCCCUGGCCAGCCCUGCUCCUCCAAAGCCACUGCACUCUUCUCAUUAACUAAACAUGACUCUUAAGAGGAUUAUUAGCCCAAUUUCUGGACAGGAUGUCGGAAGCCAUCAGGAGAGGGAGAAAAAAAAUCCAUUACCAUAAUUGCAUUGCGCUAGGGGAGGGGGGGUGGUGGAAAAGGAAGGAUGCAGAGAUGUAUAAAAAAGGAAGAAAUGAGUGAGACUGAAAGAGGAGGAUGGCAGGGAUGCUGGAGGGAAGAGGGAGGGGGUGGGUGGGUGAUGGAGAGCAGCAGACGGUUGAGGUUGAAUAAUCGCUCCUCCUCAGUUUCCCCCCCUCUUCUAAACGCCGACUUGGUACGCUCCUCCUCCGACAAUAAAGCAGCCCACAGGAGCCCUGCUCGUGGCACAUAUCUGGGUUCAGACCACUGGGCCGGCAUGGGGUGGGAGGCUAUGUGUGGCAGACUAGAGUGUGGGCCGGUGGCGAGCGAGGUCAGAAAACGCCCUCGAAUGGCGCUGGCCCACUUCCUGAGGCGAAGGGAGAAGAGAGAGGGUGCUGGCAGCAGCCACACACAACGCUGCCGGCUACCUGCAACUCGCUGCACUUCCACGCCGACAGGUUGAGCCACAGCAUGAGGCUUUCUGAAGAAUGAGAGAGACAAUGCGCUCCUGUCCGCCAUUGAGGAGUCUCGACGCAGGACGUUCCUGCUGGCAGAAGAGUACCACCGCGAGUCUAUGUUGGUGCAGUGGGAGCAGGUGAAGCAGAGAGUGCUGCACACCCUGCUGGGAGCAGGAGAGGAUGCAUUGGACUUCAGCCAGGAUGUGGAGCCAAGUUUUGUAAGUGACGUGGGGGCUCCUGGGCGCAGCGCUUUGGACAGUGUGGAGGUGGCCUAUGGCAGACAGAUCUACAUCUUCAACGAGAAGAUAGUAAACGGACACGUCCAGCCUAGUCUGGGGGACCUAUGUGCAUCAGUGGCCGACAGCCUGGAUGAUAAGAACGUGUCCGACAUGUGGCUGAUGGUGAAGCAGAUGACCGAUGUGCUGCUGGUGCCAGCCAAAGACACCCUGAAAAGUCGCGUUGCUGUGGAGAUGCAGAUGGCCUUUGUCCGAAAAGCCCUGACCUUCUUGGAGAACAGCUAUAAGAACUACACUAUGGUGACUGUGUUCGGGAACCUGCACCAGGCUCAGCUGGGCGGAGUACCUGGCACUUAUCAGCUAGUGCACAGCUUCCUCAACAUCAAACUGCCCGGCCCACUGCCAGGCAUGCAGGAUGGUGAGGUGGAGGGGCACCCAGUGUGGGCUCUGAUCUAUUACUGCCUGCGAUGUGGAGACCUGUCUGCAGCCAUGCAUGUGGUGAACCGGGCACAGCACCAGCUGGGAGACUUCAAGACCUGGUUCCAGGAGUACAUGAACAGCCCCGACCGCCGUCUGUCUCCAGCUACAGAGAAUAAACUACGGCUGCAUUACCGGCGUGUGCUGCGCAACAGUGCUGAUCCCUACAAGCGUGCUGUUUUUUGCCUCAUCGGCAAAUGUGACAUCGCCGACAACCAUGGAGAAGUGGCUGAUAAGACAGAGGACUACUUGUGGCUCAAGCUGAACCAGGUGUGUUUUGAUGAUGACGGCAGCAGUGCUCCACAGGACAGGCUCACUCUGGCCCAGCUACAGAAACAGCUGCUGGAGGACUAUGGUGAGUCUCAUUUCUCGGCCAGCCAGCAGCCCUUCCUGUACUUCCAGGUACUGUUCCUGACUGCGCAGUUUGAAGCGGCCGUGGCAUUCCUCUUCCGUGUAGAGCGCCUGCGCAGUCACGCCGUGCACGUGGCCCUCGUGCUCUAUGAGCUCAAACUGCUGCUCAAGUCGUCAGGACAGAGUGCUCAGCUACUGAGUCAGGAACUAGGAGAUCCUCCUAUGGUGCGACGGCUAAACUUUAUCCGCCUCCUCAUGCUCUACACGCGGAAAUUUGAGGCGACAGACCCACGAGAGGCCUUGCAGUACUUUUACUUCCUGCGGAACGAGAAAGACAACCAAGGAGAAAAUAUGUUCAUGCGCUGCGUCAGUGAACUGGUCAUCGAGAGUCGUGAGUUUGACAUGCUUCUGGGAAGACUGGAAAAAGAUGGAAGCAGAAAGCCUGGCGUGAUUGACAAGUUUGCCGGAGACACGCGGGCCAUCAUCACCAAAGUGGCCUCAGAGGCAGAGAACAAGGGCCUGUUUGAGGAAGCUGUCAAACUGUACGAGCUAGCCAAGAACCCUGAUAAGGUGCUGGAAUUGAUGAACAGGUUGCUGAGUCCAGUCAUUGCCCAGGUCAGUGCACCACAGUCCAACAAAGAGCGGCUCAAGAACAUGGCGCUGGGCAUUGCUGAACGGUACCGCACUAAUGGUAUAGCUGGAGAGAAGUCUGUGGACAGUACAUUCUAUCUGCUCUUGGACCUCAUGACAUUUUUUGAUGAGUACCAUGCCGGCCACAUCGACCUUGCUUACGACGUGAUUGAGAGACUGAAAUUGGUUCCUUUGAGCCAAGACAGUGUAGAAGAGAGAGUGGCAGCAUUCAGAAACUUCAGUGAUGAGGUCAGACAUAAUUUGUCGGAGGUGCUUCUUGCCACCAUGAACAUUUUGUUCACACAGUACAAGCGCCUGAAAGGGGUGACAGCAGGUACACCAGGCAGACAACAGCGUCCGCUGGAGGAUCGGGACUCGCUACUGCGCAGCCAGGCCCGGGCACUGAUCACCUUUGCUGGGAUGAUCCCAUACCGCAUGGCAGGAGACACUAACGCCAGGCUGGUCCAGAUGGAGGUCCUGAUGAACUGAGCAAGAGAGAGAAAGAGAGACUGCACCCUCAGGCUUCUUCUUUCUCUUUUACAUCUCCAACUCUCUCCCCAUGUCCCAUCAGCCUUUUUUGUUUCUCCAUGCUCCAUUCCCCUUUGUGUGAAUUUAUAUUUGUAUUUUUUCAUAAUUUUGAAAUAAUAAAAAAAUCUCCAA